AGUAGGAAUAACACUUUAUAAGCCUGCCGCCCUCUUCUUCCUCCCAUCCUCUGGCCUCCUUCCAGCCUCCUUCACUCAGCCUCUACCCCUCCUAGACGUCCUCACUUCUCUUUCCCUGAGCUGCGGUCAGCCAGAGCCCCCAGCCUGCCUGAGCCGGGAGUACAAGUCGGGUCAGGAAACCUCAGUCUCAGGAUGUUGACAACGCUGCUGCCACUGCUGCCUCUUCUGCUCCUGCCCAGCUGGGCCCUUUGUAACCAGGAAACUUCGGAUGGCCCUCGGAGCCUCCACAUGCUCCAGAUGUCCUAUUUGCGCGACCCCCUUCACGUGUGGUACCAGGGCAACGCGUCGCUGGGGGGCCAUCUGACGCACAUACUAGAAGGCCCGGACACCAACGUCACGAUCCUCCAGCUGCAACCCUUGGAGGAGCCAGAGAGGUGGGCGCGCACCAAGAGGGGUCUGCAGCUCUACCUGCAACAGUUCCACAGCCUCGUGCGGCUGGUGCACCAGGAGCGGCGCUUGACUUUUCCUCUGAUGAUUCGCUGCUUCCUGGGCUGUGAGCUGCCUCCUGAGGGCUCCAGAGCCCAUGUCUUCUUCGAGGUGGCGGUGAAUGGGAGCUCCUUUGUGAGUUUCCGUCCAGAGACAGCCUUCUGGGUGACAGGGAACCAGGCACACUCCCAAGUGGUUAUCUACACCUUGCAGCAGCUCAACACCUACAAUCGUACUCGGUAUGAGCUACUGGAAUUCCUGCAGGGCACCUGUGUGCAGUAUGUGCAGGAACACAUCAUCGUGAAAAACCUGAAAGGGAGCCGAACAGGCCGCUCCUACACUUCGCUGGUCCUGGGCAUCCUGGUGGGCAGUUUCAUCAUCACCGGUGUGGCUGUAGGCAUCUUCCUUUGCACAGGUGGACGGCGGAGGUGUUAAUUACUCUCCAGCCCCCUCUGAGAAAGGGCUGGACUGAUGGGGGCUGGCAAGAAAAGGUCUCUGCUCAAUGCGAAGAUAAACAGAUCCCCAGCUGGGACACCACAUUCCAGAAACUUUGGAAAAGCAGCUUCUUUCUUCUCCCAGCUCCACCCAUCAAGGGAUUUGAGGGAUGGUGAAGGCUAGGAGGAGUUAGUUUGCUUAGAACCUACGAACUUGCAUUCUUUGCUUAAUUGGUCUGAGAAGUGAAUGCUUAUCUAUCUUUGUGGAAAAACAGAGGAUAAACUUGGGGCAGCAUACUCUAUGGCCCAUCCUCCAAAGACAAACCUGAGGCAUUCAAAGCACAUAACCAAAUAAAACAAAACAAGUCAUUCACAACCAAAAUAAGCAACAUACAAUGCCUCCAGAUAUGUCAGACUUGGGAAGGGACACUGGUAUACUUGGGGGCAGAGAGAAGAAAUCAGAGAAAUGUUUGGAAGUGUAAAAUCCAAGUAAUAUGGAAGAAGUUAUUAAUAAACCAAUUAAUAAUACUAAUAAAAUCCUUAUGUAUAAGACAUCGUUAUUUCCUCUCUUUUGUAAACUUCUUUAAAAUAAACUAUACUCCUUGCUUCUACUUUCUCAUCUUCCACUCACUCUUUAACCUACUACAGUCAGACUUCUCUAAAACUACUCUAAGAUCACCAGUGCACUCUAAUUGUCAAAUGCUCAUUGCCAGUGAUAACUAUAACAUUUAACUUUGUGGACUAGAACUCUCUUUUUACCCUAACUUAUGAGAUACUAUUCUUCUCAUUUUUAAAAACUCUUUUGGUCACUCUUUUUCAGUCUCUUGGACUGUAUCAUCUUAAUCUACCCAGAAAUGUUUGCUUCCUUAUAACUCCAUUUUUUGGCUCCUUUUGUUCCCCCUUAAAUUAUACCCUUUCUGGAUGACCUACGCACUUCCAUGGUUUCAAAUACCAUGUGUCUGUUGUGUUUUCCAGGGGGAAGCAAUAUAAUCUUGUCUUUAAGAGCAUACAUUUUGUCACCAGACAGACUGAAGUUUUAUUUACUUAAGUUACCUACUUGAAAAAUAUUAAUUUCUUAGUCUCAGUUUGUUCAUCCACAAAGGGUAUAAUAAAAUACACAAGAAGAGCAUAAUAAAAAUAAUACUUACCUUAUAGAGGUAUUAUGAGCAUUAAAUAAGGUAAUAUACAUAAUAUAUAUACAGGCAUACCUUGUAUUGCACUUCACUUUACUGUGCUUUGCUUUAUUGCACUUCACAGAUAUUG